AAUAUUUAAAUAAAUAAUAAAUUAAAUAAUUAUUUAAUUAGUGAAGUUAUAAAUUAAAUUUAAAAACAUGUCUUACGGUAGUUCACCGAGUGAUCCACACGAAAUCUAUCAGUAUACUUAUAUGCCACCACAAAAUUACACACAUGGAUAUUUACCAGAUAAUAAUGGCGUUGCGACGUCCAAUGACGAAGCAAAUUACUGGACAAACAGCCCUCGUACAGAUUCACCUUCACCGAAUGAUCAAUCCUCAAUGGUUGGACCUUAUCAAAUCUACGCACCGCUGAAUUAUCCACAAACUGAGCAUAGAACACCGCAAUAUCCAGAUUAUGAUUACACGUCCAAUCAUCGCGCGCCGCCCCCGCUGCAUCCGCCCUUCGUACGCGUGGUGAAACGUCGCACCACAGCGAACAAGAAGGAGCGCCGCCGCACGAUGUCCAUCAACAAUGCGUACUCGGAUCUACGGGACUGCAUUCCGAAUGUUCCAGCGGAUACCAAACUAUCUAAAAUAAAAACCCUACGGUUGGCAACAUCAUAUAUUUCUUACCUUACCGGAGUUCUGGAGACGGACGAUCCCGCCGGUGGUUUCAAAGCAGAACUUAUUUCAACCAGUCGAAAAUCACAAAAUCAUCAGAAUCAUCAACACCAGACGCAGUUGCAGGAGUUGUGCGCGGUUGCUGAGAAAACAUCACCGAAGUGCGAUCUAAUGGACGAUGGAAUGAGCAACCCUCGACGCAGUAAGGGCCGAACAGGCUGGCCACAGCACGUGUGGGCAUUGGAACUCAAACAGGAGCAGACAUUAUAGGUUACAUUUGCUAUAAGCAAUAAAUGCAACGGUAUAAAGACUUUUAAAAAUCGCAGAAAUAUUAUUUUGUUAUUAUUUGUUUACUGGUGGUGGUGUGGAAGCAGCGAUAUCUUAAUUGCGUCUGGAAGCGUGUAAGCGUCUAUUUUCAUCCGGGUGUGCUGCGGAUCUGUGAUGCCCCAAAACCAGAUGGCCUUUUUCUACUUCGCAUAAAUAUUUAUACAAGGUGUAUCCUUGCGGUACUACACUAUAAUUAUAAUAUAAUGUUUAAAAUGAUAUUAUUUGAUCACUCGGUAUAUUUUAUUCUUCGGGCAUGCUUGUUGGCGCAGUGCAGAUCUUGCAGACUUUACUUUUACUACUUAACCGAUUACAAGCAAAUUUGCUUGAAGGAAAAAAAGGAUACGUGUACAUAAAACUACUUUAAAAUAACAUAGCGCUGCAUGUAAACUAAGUUUAUCGGGAUGAAAGCACAGGAACAUGUAGUAAAGUUAUGUAAAACCGAGUAAAACUUUUACUAGCGGCAAUAAAACUUAAAUAUUUCGGAA